CAAGUCGUCCCUCUGCAACACCAGUGAGUAAACGGGAAAUCACGUCUGGAUCUUGGGGGGAGAUAUCAAUGCAAGACAAACACCAACUUCUCAGUCAUGUCCUCCAGCGGACUUAACGUAACUGCCAGGAUGCUCUUCUUCAUCUGAUGGACACGGAGGCUGCGCCGAUUCACUGCUUCUCUCCGUGUGUGUGUGGAACUGGCUGAAAUAAUGUUCCUGGAUAUUUUGUGUGUGAUAUUAUUCAGCACUAUGCGCGUCGCAUCAUCCUUGGACCUGCAGCCUGGCAUGCCAAAUGUUUGUGCUGACCAGGAGAUGUCCAUGCUGGGGGGGCGUCAGCCUUGUGUCCAGGCUUUUACCCGCAUGGUUAAGGUGUGGAAACAGGGCUGCACCAGCCACAGAUGGUGUAUGGGCUACGAGAGAAGGACAGCAUACUACACAGCUUACAAACAGGUGUACAGCAUGGACUUUCACACAGUCUAUCAGUGCUGCCCUGGCUGGACUCGGAUGAGCGGUGAAGAGAUGGGAUGUCUGCACAGGCUGUGCAGUGGCAACACAUGCUUCAAUGGAGGCCAGUGUGCGGAGACCGGGGGCCAGAUAUGUCAGUGUCCACUGGGCUUCAAAGGGACGCGCUGCCAGUAUGAUGUCAACGAAUGCGAAGCGGACGAAGGCGGCUGUGAGGGCUACUGUUGCAACACCAUUGGCAGCUACUACUGCAAGUGUCCCGAGGGCAGUAGACUGGGGCCAGAUGGCAAGGCAUGUCACGAUGUUAAUGAGUGUGAGGAGCUCAACGGAGGAUGCCAGCAGACGUGUGUCAACACACCGGGCUCUCAUCACUGUGAGUGCAGCGAAGGCUUCCGCAUGCACGCUGAUGGUCGGACCUGCAUUGCGGUGAACUCUUGCUCCGUACUGAAUGGUGGAUGCGAGCACAAGUGUGUGGACAUGGGGAACAAUCACUACAAAUGUGAAUGUCGAAAGAACUACCAGCUGAGGAGAGAUGGCAGACACUGUGAAUUGAUGGACCCCUGUGAGGAGAGGAAUGGAGGCUGCGCCCAGCUGUGUCUUUCAGAAGGCGGCCGGGUUCACUGCAGCUGCCGACCUGGUUUUACACUGGCUGGAGAUGGCAGGAACUGCGAAGACAUUGAUGAGUGCAGUUCGGGCCGUGCCAAGUGUUCCCAUCGCUGUGUCAACAUGCUGGGAUCCUUCAGCUGUGUGUGUCACCCGGGCUUUGAACUUGGUGCUGAUGGCAAACAGUGCUACCGCAUUGAGAUGGAGAUCGUCAACAGCUGCGAGAAGAACAACGGUGGCUGCUCUCAUCACUGCGAGCACACCACCAACGGGCCGCUCUGCUCCUGUAACCACGGCUACCAGCUGGACCAGGACAGGAAAACCUGUGUAGACAGCGACGAGUGUGCCAGCGGGGAGUCCUGCUGCAGUCACUUCUGCAGGAACAACCCGGGCGGCUACGAGUGCAGCUGCAGGGCUGGCUACACACUGCACCCAGACGGCUGCGGCUGCGAUGACAAUGACGAGUGCCUCACAGAGACCUCGGGCUGUGAACACUACUGCGUCAACACUCUGGGAACCUAUGAGUGUUUCUGUCGACUGGGCUUCCGCUUGGAUCAGGACCAGCACUCCUGCAUAUCUCUGUAUGGCAGGGAGGAAGAAGAAGAGGAGGAGGAGGAGGAAGAGGAGGACGAGCAGCUGGAAGUCCACAGAUUGCCAGACCUGCUGUUCCGCAAGGCUCCUCAGCUCCUGCAGUACACAGCGGCCUUACACUCCCGUUAUGCCACUGAUGAUGGUGACGACGACGAAAGUAGUGAUGGUGAAAAAGAACUAGAGAUCCAGAGGGAGCGUCGAGGAGAGCUCAGACUGGACACCAGCAUAGUGUGUCUCGACGGCUCGUUUGGGGACGACUGCAGUGUGAGCUGUGAAGACUGUGUGAACGGAGAGUGUGGUGAGAGCCGAGACCGAUGUGAGUGUUCACCUGGAUGGACGGGGAUCAUCUGCAACAUGACCUGUCCACAGGGGACAUACGGGCAGGCCUGUAAUAGCCUGUGCCGUUGUCAGAAUGGAGGCUCGUGUGACCCCGUGACUGGGAAGUGUUUGUGCCCCCCUGGGGUACAGGGUCUGCUCUGUGAGGAUGGUUGUCCGAGAGGUUAUUUUGGGAGGCAAUGCAGAAGAAAGUGCAACUGUCCCAACAAUGGACAUUGCCAUCGUCUGUAUGGAGGCUGCCUGUGCUCCCCUGGACUAUACGGCCGCUUCUGCCACCUGCCCUGUCCCAGGUGGACGCACGGCGCAGGCUGUUCCAAGGAAUGUGACUGUGUUCAAGAACAUUCCACUGGCUGUGACCCCAAAACAGGCCGCUGUUUCUGUAAGGCCGCAUACCGCGGCCCACAGUGUGAGAAAGAAUGUGAGCCGGGCUUCUUCGGCGCAGGCUGUGAGCAGCCGUGUGACUGUCCGGGUGGAGGGCCAUGUGACCCCAGGACUGGAGAGUGCAGCCAGCGAUGUCCUGCAGGCCUCCGUGGAGAUAAAUGUCAGCUGGCCUGCCAGUCAUUGAGCUACGGCGAGAGCUGUCGUCUCACCUGUGACUGCGGAGGAGCUCCUUGUGAUCCCAUAACCGGAAAGUGCAUCUGUCCCGCUGGGAAGAGUGGACGCUCGUGCCAGGAAGACUGCCCUGAUGGAUUCUGGGGGUCGAAGUGCCAGUCAUCUUGUCCUCGCUGUGAGAACGGAGGCUCCUGCAACAAGCAGACCGGGGUGUGUGACUGCAAAGCAGGCUUCAUGGGAAAUAACUGCCAAAAUAAGUGUCCAGCAGGUUUCCACGGACCAGGCUGCUUACUCCACUGUUCCUGCCACCCUGAUGCUACCUGUGACCCGCAGACCGGACUCUGCGUCUGCCCCCCUGGCAAGAGAGGCCACGACUGUGCAACAUCAUGUGAAUCUGGUUACUGGGGCCAAAGCUGCCUCAGCAGAUGCCAGUGCAAAGAGGUCUCUGUGGGCUGUGACCCAGUCACCGGCCGGUGUGCAUGUGAGGCCGGCUUCACUGGAGACCACUGUGAAGAGAAGUGCAUGAGUGGCAGUUACGGGCUGGGAUGUGCACAGUGGUGCCAGUGUCAGAACGGGGCCCUGUGCGACCAUGUGAGCGGAGCCUGCACGUGCUCGCCCGGAUACGCUGGCACUCACUGCGAAAAAAUGUGCCCGGACGGCUUUUACGGUCUUGACUGUGGCCAGAUGUGCGAGUGCAGGAACGGUGCCCGCUGCCACCACAUCACAGGAGCCUGCCUAUGCACCGCCGGCUGGGCAGGACCACACUGCAUUCUGGGAUGCCCAGAGGGUCAUUUCGGGGAGCAGUGCAGUCAGACCUGUGAGUGUCAGAACGGAGCCAGGUGUGACCACGUCACCGGGCGAUGCAGCUGCACGGCCGGGUGGACCGGAGUCAGCUGCCAACUGCCCUGUGCUGCAGGACAGUAUGGUGAACACUGUUCUGGACAGUGUCUGUGUCAAAACGGAGGCUCUUGUGACAGUGAGACCGGCCAGUGCUCCUGCCCGCCCGGCUGGACUGGAGCAGCCUGCGAGUUAGAGUGUGAGGAAGGACGUCACGGAGAGGACUGCGCUCAGGCCUGCAGCUGCACCAAUGGAGGGAGAUGUGACCGGGUGACAGGAAGAUGUGUGUGUCUGCCUGGUUGGACAGGAGAGCUCUGCCAGUCAGCCUGUUCUAAGGGAUUCUUUGGAGGGGGCUGCGAGCACAGUUGCGACUGCGUCCAUAGUACGAGUUGCCACCAGGUGACGGGCCGCUGUGAGUGCGAGCCAGGCUGGAGGGGAGCCAGGUGUGACAAACCCUGCCUUCCUGGGUCCUACGGUGCUUCCUGUGCCCAGCGGUGUCAGUGCCAGGCUGGGGUGUCCUGUCACCAUGAGACGGGGAGGUGCGGGUGCCCGGCUGGACUCACAGGACCUGGCUGCGAGAAACCUUGUACUCCUGGCAUGUUCGGGCAAAACUGCAGCCAGCUGUGCCGGUGCUCGGGAGUCCACGAGCAGUGUCAUCCUGUAACGGGGAAAUGUGGCUGCUUACCUGGUUACUACGGGGAUCGCUGUGAGUUACGAUGUCGAGCGGGGACUUUCGGGCCACACUGUAAGUCCAGAUGCAGCUGCAUCAACGGUGGUCGCUGUGACUUCAGGACUGGGACUUGCCACUGUCCUCCUGGCUUCAUUGGUGCCAACUGCAGCCUAAGUUGUCUGAGUGGCUUUUACGGGAAGGACUGUGCUAAACUGUGCUCCUGUGGGGAGGGAGGGCAGUGCCACCCAGCAACUGGGAAGUGUAUCUGUGCCCCUGGUAGGAUGGGACAGUCCUGCCAACAAGCGUGUCCAAGGGGGCGCUACGGCCUGCAGUGCAGAAACACAUGCGGCUGUCAGAACGGGGGUCUGUGUGACCCUGUCGAAGGGUCCUGCAAGUGCGGACUGGGCUGGACGGGACUCCGCUGCGACACAGCCUGUUCGCAGGGAAAAUAUGGUCUUGAUUGUGCACAAGACUGUCCAUGCCUCAACAACGGGACCUGCGACCGCUUCACUGGCACGUGUAGCUGUACUGCUGGAUACUACGGCCACGCCUGUCAACACAGAUGCCCAUCUGGGUUCUUCGGAGCAAACUGUGCACACACGUGUGACUGCAAAGUGGGCCAGACAUGUGACCACGCGACAGGCCAGUGUGUGUGCCCACCAGGCUACCAUGGCACACAGUGCCAAAGGCCAUGUGAAGCUGGCAGAUUUGGAUUGAGCUGUGGGCAGUCAUGUGACUGUGUUGGUGAGGCCCCCUGUGACCCAUCGACCGGCCGGUGCCUGUGCCCCCCAGGAAGGACAGGACAGAGAUGUGAAAAAGACUGUGGUGGAGACCGCUUCGGCCCCAGCUGCUCCCUGCAGUGCAGGUGUUCCAACAGGGCCCGCUGUGAUGGGCUGAGUGGGCGAUGCCUGUGCCCACUCACCUGGCUGGGCCCAACCUGUAGUGAAGCAGCACUACACCAAACCCCAGGACCACUGAGCUCCUCUGUGUCCCAAAGAAAGAGGAGAGCGGGCAGCAAAACCACAUAACCAAAGCAGAGGUGCAAACUCCUGACUGGACUCAAACACGGGGCUUGGCUCUGUGAAGCAUUACUCAUAUCAUCUUAGGAAAGGUGAUGUUAGUAAAGCUGUGUUUAUGUGAAACUGGGCCCGGUGCUCGCGAUAGUCACCCAGUGGACCUGGCAUGUGAGGGGCCUUCAAAGGACCAUGAACUCCAAACCUACCCGAGCACUUCCAGGGUUACACAGACUAUUUUUUUGCCGUACACACAGAUACCUGCAUCACGUUCGUUACUGUCGCUGAUUGAAAGUGGUUAAUUCGCUUUCCAGUUUUGCAUUUAUUUCUAAAGGGCAGGUGGACGAGACAUGAGUGACUGCGAGUCACAGGAGCGCCUUAUACACAAACUACCAACAUUCUGUUUUUUCUUUGUGCGUCCACAAAAGAGGUUGGUCAGCGUAACAACAUACCGAGCAUAUUUCUGGGGAUAAAUCGAACGCCUCUAAAACAGAUUUAGAUAUAUAUGAGUGACUUAUUUACAGUACUGCCUCUGUAAAAAAACAAAACAGCAGCAGGGCUCCAGGGUACGACUAUUUUGGUCCCACAUGCACCCAAAAAUCUGUCAAGUGCGACUAAACAUUUUCAUUGGUGGCACCAGUGCACUAGAAAUGUAGGAUUUAUUUUUUUUAACAACUGACAUUCUUGGCCUUUUUUUUUUUUCUUUUUUGCUUGCGCUGUGAUUUAAAUUAAGAUUUGGACCUUUAUCCCUGUCUACAAUAGUUUACAUAAUGUGGUAAAUGAAAUGUAUUAUUGGACCGUAAUUAAGCGCAACCAGUGAAUCAAGUCAGUCUGGAGCUCAGAGAAAGAUCCGCACAGACAAAUGAGCCAAAAGUGUUGACGCAGGGGAUGAUUCAUAAUCAAAAUUACCUCCAGACAUAUUUCAGGAGGAGUAAAAAUGCUCUGCUUUAUGUCUGCUGUGUUCCUGUAAAAUGACAUCAUACUUGUCAAGAAAUUCAGAGUCUACUGACAAAUAUUCUUAAUUUUGUUGGUUUGACUGCUGGACACAAGACCUCUCUCGCUUCACUGCAUGUAUGCAGGAAGGUUCAAAUUUCAACAUCACACUUCCACACUAGUUUUGAUGUCGCAAAACCUUGCUUGGUAACAAGCAAAUCCUGUGAGGUAACAAGAGGCAAAACACAUUUUUGAGUCCUGCAAAUGCAUGCACAAUUUUGUGGGUUUAAAAUGCCAAUUUUUGUGUUGGGAAGACUUAUUGGACUUGUUGGGAAGACGUUGGUGAGAAGUCGACCAAAAUGUUGCCAACAUCUUUCCAUUUAGCAAACCCUCGCCAUACUACGUCUCAAGGCGGAUGCGUGCUAUCCAGGGUGAUUAUUCCCUUGUUUAUGAUUUGUUGAUUUUGAACAUUUUAUAUUUUGCAUUCACAUAUUAGCCUUGUGUUUUUUGUCAAACUGCAUAAUUUUCCCAAAGAAUGCCACUCACACUUUACAGAUCAUUCUAAACAGAUUUUCUUCUUGCUAUUGGAUUCUUUCACCAGGAUUUUCUCCCCUUAACUUAUUUUGCGGACCAUACAUCUACCUUUUACUAAGGUCUGUGAAGGUACUGUCCAUAACUUAUGUCAACAUGGCUCAUGAAACCCAAAUGUAACACAAACAACCUCCCUUACCUGCAACAUUCUCCAUGUACUGGCAUUGAUCAUUAGUUUUUUUCUUAUUUCGGUGCGGUGUGCUGGUCGUGAAACACUGCGGACAAGACCUGCAUGCACUGCACUUUGUUCAGACCUGUGUUUAUUGAGUCAGAAGCUGCAACAGAGCUUAGAAGUAAAUGUAUAAAAGUUGAUGUUAAUACUUUUGCUGCAGCACAAUUCAAUAAUAGAACAUUAUGAGUGCCAUAUCACUACUGCUAUGAUUUGCCAUACAUGUGCAUUUGAUUUGAAUGGGUGUGUUUUUGCUUUUUUGCUUUUAUUUUUUUAUUUUUACAAAAACUGUGUUUGUAUUAUAUCUCAGGUCAAUGCAAGUUAUAUCAGUCAUAACCUACUGUGCUCAAUUCCUGGCAUACCCACAUGUCAGUGGUGCUAUAUUGAUAGAAUUUGUUUGUAUGAAAUCGAUAAACUCCAUUUUUACUGUG